CCUAGUGUCACCUCGGGGUCCCGAAUUCACGCUACUUGCCCAUACCUGGGAAGGUGGUCCCGAACAUCAUCGGGUAUCUGUUCAGCUGUACAAAGAGUGUGUACGUCCAUCAAGGUAUUGUUGAUCACACUUUCGCCUUGCUUCGGACAAAUUCAAGCAUACAAUUUCGACAACUAGCAACGACAGAUACAGCAAAUAUGGCUAUCGAUGCAGCAACCAACACGUUUAAUAUCAUCAUCGUAGGUGGCGGUAUAGCCGGAUUAGCUACUGCCAUCGCAAUGAGAGGACCCCACCGCGAAAUCAUCGUCCUCGAAAAAUCACGCAUGAACAAAGAAGUCGGCGCUCUCCUCUCUCUUCAGCCAAACGCCCAAAAGAUCCUCGAGUCCUGGCGUCUCGGUGCCAUAAUCGACAAAGCCCGACCUACUGCCGAAAGACAAUUCAGAAUUCUGGAUACCAAGGGAAAUGUUCAUAUGAAUAUCGAUAUGGAUGGCAAAAAGUAUGGAGCUGAUCGUAUGGUGUACCAUCGUCAGGAUCUACAUACUGCUUUGAGGGAAGCUGCGUUGAGUACAGAGUUGCCUGGACAUGCUGCUAGUAUCGUCACAGCGGCGAAGGUCGUGACUUGUGACUGUGAAGCUGGGAUAGUCACACUGGAAGACGGAGCCACAUAUCAAGGCGAUCUCAUCAUUGGUGCAGAUGGCAUCCACAGUGUCAUUAGGGAUGCUGUGCUCAAAGCUGGAAACCACGACCUCGUACAUCCCACACCCACUGGCGUUUCUGCAUACCGUCUGCUCGUCGAAACUUCCACACUAUCCUCCAUCACCGUGGAUCCAGAAAUCUUCGACCCAAAACGACAAGCAACCACAUUGAUGAUGGGCCACGACCGCCGCGUAAUAAUGGGACCUGCAAGAAACGGUGCUUUGCUGGGCUUGGUCGGCAUGGUACCCGACGAACACAUGCAUGAAACCAGCAAUGCAAAUUCCUGGACAGCACCAGGCUCUCUAUCAAAACUACUAGAAACCUAUCACGAUUUCCCGCAAUGGAUCCGUGAUAUUUUUACACAGGCACCAGAUCUUGCGCUCUGGCAAUUGAGGGAUAUCGAUGCUUUGCCUGCUUGGACAGCGGGACGCUGCAUAAUCAUUGGAGAUGCGGCACAUGCCAUGCUACCGACUCAAGGACAAGGCGCAUCUCAAAGUCUCGAGGAUGCAGAAGCGCUUGCUGCCUUCUUCAUCAACGUUGGCACAAAACCUACACUCCCAGAGCUUUCGCAACGAUUGAGCAAAGUGUUUGAAGCGAGAUAUAAGAGAGCAAGUCUGAUUCAGGCGUAUAGCCGUCAACAAGCACGCCCUGCCACGGAAAAGGGAAGUUCAAAGGUCACAUUAAAUCCAGCAGAGUUUUUGGACUACAAUUGUAAAUAUGAAGGUGCUGUUAAAUGGUUAGAAGUGCAGCAGCAACAGCAGCAGUAGCAGUAGCAGCAGCAGCAGCUAGAAGUAUAACACUGCUCGAGUAGGGGUAAUGGUGAUUUGCUUUUGCUAUUAAAUGGACAUAGAUUUAGCUAGCCAUAUUAACAGACAUCCUAAGGCAGUAGGACCUAAUAAAAUCGUUAUAUCGUACACCGCC